AUGUGUCCCUUAUGCUAUAACCAGGCGAAAUCAUCUACUCACUUAUUUCUUGAAUGUGCUUUCUCCAAAACUAUAUGGAAUUGGCUCGGCAUAAAGCUUCAGCGUUCCAUCCCUCUUGCAUCGCCAUCCUCGUUGUUGUCUUUUAUACCGCAGCGCUGCAGUUCUCAGCUGCGUGACGUGUUAGUCGCUGCCAUUGUUCACUCGGUGCACGCUAUCUGGCUUGCUCGCAAUGUUGUCCGCUUCAAUGCAAGUUCUAUUUCUCUUCAUGCAACUAUGGCGAAGAUCACAACAAUGAUUGCCAUUCGGGUACGGGACAUCAUUCCGGUUGUGUGGCAGCCCCCUACCAGCCCUUGGGUCAAGGCCAACACAGAUGGGUCGGUUCGAAAUUUAAUGGCUGCUUGUGGUGGUGUCUUCCGUGACUCUCGCAGAACUUUUCUUGGUGGUUUCACAAGCAAUCUUGGCAUAGUUUCUGUCUUCCAAGCAGAAAUCAUGGGCCUCAUUUUGGCUAUGGAAUAUGCAAGUUCAAACAGCUGGACUCGUUUAUGGCUUGAAAGUGAUUCUUCUAGUGUGUUGGCAGAGAUUUAUAUCAAAGAGAUCAUGAGGUUACAUGGUGUUCCUUCGAGCAUUGUAUCAAAAAGAGAUCCAUGA